AUGCCGGUUCAAGCGGCAACUUUUGAGAUCAAGCCGAGUACCAUUCAACUUUUGGAAAAUCGUUGUGCCUUCUUUGGGUUGAGUCACGAGGAUCCGAAUGAGCAUAUCGCCAAGUUUUUGGGUGUUCUAAACACAUUCAAGCUUCAUGGGAUAACGGCGGACCAAAUUAAGCUUCGGAUGUUCCCCUUCUCUUUGAGGGACAAAGCUAGCAUUUGGUUACAUUCUCUACCAAAUGAGUCUAUUCACAAUUGGAGAGAGUUGGCUCAAGCUUUUCUCAACAAAUAUUUCCCUCAUGGCAAGACUACAAAGUUGACUAAAGACAUACUUGAGUUUGUCCAAUUUGAAGGAGAAUCACUUCAUGAGGCGUGGGAGCGGUUCAAGGAUUUACAACGGAGUGUGCCUCAUCAUCGGCUCAAUAGAGAGCAUGUUAUACAAAUAUUCUAUGAUGGGACAAAUGUCACUACCCGAGCUACUAUUGAUGCGGCUUCGGGCGGUUCGCUUAUGCAAAAGACUUAUGAAGAAGCUCUUGAAUUAGUGGAAAAAUUAGCCGUGGUUAGUAGUACUUGGGGUCCUAUGGAGAGAAGAGCGCCACCAAAUCAAAAGUCACUCAUGACUCUUGAUCAAGUGAGGGAGAUGGAGUCCAUAAAAGCCACAAAUGCUUCGCUUCAAGCUCAAGUGGAUGCUCUCAAGAAACAAGUCGCUCCUAUGCAAAGAAAUGCUCCGGUGGCUUAUGUUCAAGUCGGUUGUGAGUUUUGUGGUGAUUUUGGCCAUUCGGGAGGAGAGUGCCUAGUUACGGGUCAAGCCUUGAGUGAGCAAGUGAAUUACAUUGGGGGGCAAAGGGGCAAGGCAAUGCUCAAGGGUCUAAUCAAGCGGGUCCAAGCUUCCAAAGCAACAAUAGGCCUCCACAACAACAAGGUCACUAUCAAGGAAACCCGAACCAUGGAAACAAUUAUAGUGGAAGACCCCAACACCCUCCGGGUUUCCAACAACCACGGAACACGGAUGAGGGAAACGUGCUUGCCAAGACCACAAGGGGGAUUGCCCUCUACUACGGAGAAUAACCCAAGGGAGCACCUAAAAGCAAUAGAGCUUCGGAGUGGGCGAAACUUGGAAAAAGCUAAUGGUAAGAAGCAUGUGGUUGAGGAAGAUGAGCCUCAAGUGGUGAUUGAUGUUGCUAGCUCUAGUCAAGAGCCACCUAUUGUUUGUGAGGAGGUGGCUAUUGAGGUUGAAGAGCCUUAUGUGAGACCGCCACCGCCACCACCCUUGGCGGAUGCACUCCGAGAGAUGCCGCAAUAUGCCAAGUUCUUGAAGGACAUCAUUACCAACAAACGGAGUUGGGAUAGUGGUGCAACGGUUCCCAUUCCGGAAGUGUGUAGCUCAAUCAUUUUGAAUGAUCUACCGGCUAAGUUGAAGGACCCAGGGAGUUUCUCUAUACCUUGCACUAUUGGCACUAUGAGUUCAAUAAAUUGCUUAUGUGAUCUUAGUGCUAGCAUUAAUCUUAUGCCUUUAACUCUUUUCAGGGCAUUAUGUGGAGAUCAAACCGUGAAGAGCACCUCGAUGGUACUCCAACUAGCGGAUCACUCAUUGAAGAGGCCGUAUGGGAUUGUUGAAGAUGUUCUCGUGAAGGUCGAUAAAUUCAUCUUUCCGGUGGACUUUGUUGUGCUUGAUUAUGCGGUCGACAAAGAUUGCCCCAUGAUUCUUGGGCGCCCUUUUCUCAAUACGGGGCGAGCAUUGGUUGAUGUUAAUGCGGGAAAGAUAACAUUGAGAAUGAAUGAUGAGAGCAUAGAAUUUGACAUGAGGCAUGGAAAAAGCAAGUGUGAGGAGGAGAAAUGUAUGAAGAUUGAUGCUAUUGAACCCACAUUGCAUGUGCCUAUGAAGGAGGUUCAUAAGAAAGAACCCAAAAUUGUGUGUGCAAAAAUCAAGAUGACACCUCAUGUCAAGCCACGUAAGGGAAAACCAAGACAUUGGGCAUCAUGGAAGUUGAAGCUCAACGGCAUAGCAACCGCAAGCAAGAGAUAA